AUGGACGGGAGAUCAUACAGCAUGAAGCACCGGGAUUCCAAACUUCGGGCCCAAGUAAAGUGGCUUCAAGAAGAAGACUACGACUUCCUCGAUUCUGAUGAUCCGUAUAAUGAUUUUGUUCAGUAUAAAUCGGCCAAUAAUCAAGUAUUCAGCUCUAGCACCAACAUCAGUACUGUGGGCACCAAUGGUUAUAGAAGUAGGAGGAGGAUCGACAAAUUUGAAAGAGAAGAAGACCUCAGUUUCUCGGGCGGUCAAUCACACACGUUCUACUCUAAUGCAUCUACCCUAAACAAUAUAUCAGGCACGACUUCUGUGGUCAAACGGAGGAGGAGGUAUACACAAGAUGUGCCCAGUAGAAAUAAGUCUGUGUCCAUUGACACGGGGAAGUUUGCAGCUUUUCUGCAGAAAUGGAAUGCCCACUUGCCCAUUCUUAAACACUUUAACGAUGCUAUUCCAUCCAUAAAAUAUGAUUCGGUGCCAAAGUUAACCCAUUAUCAGGAAGAUGGUGAUAUGAUGGUGGAUGUGAAAUUCAGGUUGAAGAUAUUAUUCAACCACUUGACUUGCAAGUUAUGCAAGGGGUUAUUCUUCAACGCUUAUACGAUUAAGAACUGUUUGCAUACUUUUUGCAAGAGCUGUAUCAUCACCUAUGCCAUUUUGGUCGGCCAGCAGUGUCCUGUAUGCCACCAAAAUAUCAACACCAAUUUGGAAGAAAGUAUAGAAUAUGAUAAUUGCAUUCAGAGCAUGGUGGACAAGUUAUUUCCGCAAAAUAAUAUCGAUGAUACUGACGCCGAUAUUUGCAAAAGGGGCCAGGACGUUGGGGUGGUAGAAACAGAAUAUUUCGCUGGUGAUGGUGUCAGCGGUGUUCAUGUAAAAGAAGAAGAUAGUGCGUUAAAAGACGACGCAAAUGUAUCAAAUAGAUACAGUAAUUAUUUAUGGGAUGCUAGUGCAGAGGCAAUUGAGAUAGAGAAGUCGAUUUACGACGGUAGUAAGGAAUCGCAAGGGAGAAUCAGUGAAUCAAUUUCCAAUUUAAAGGCUUGUCUGACUCUAACGCCACUGGAUGUGAAUAAUGGCAUGCCUUGCUACAUUGCUGUGGAGAAGGAGAUGUUUAUCUCUGAUCUUGGAGAUUAUUUGCUGCUGAAGCUGCAAAUAUAUGGGCGUUGCAACGUUGUGUUUUACUUGUACAAUGAAAUUUUGCCCAAGAAUCAUACUAUUGAGUUCAUUUGCAAGUCCAGAAGGAUGCCUAUGAUGCAGUGUAUUCCCCUCAAGUAUUCGCUCAGGUACAAAUAG